CUAGCUGAGGUCAUUUCUCUACAAAAUGACAAAACAUAUCAAUGAGAGGGUCAUCCCAUCAGGUCUUCAUAAACCAGAGGUAAACUAUACAAGGCCAAGGAAGGAAUCAACUGGCAACCUUUUGAUGCACGGAUGACAACCAAUCAACUGAACCACAACAGCUAGUGCGUGCUUUGCCAGUUUUAGGACUUGAACCAGUGAAAGAAGCUUAUGACACUUACGAAGAUAAAUAUUUCUCUUCCCUUUUUAAUUGGAACUUCAAUUUAGGACCUAUAUAUAUGACUUUUCAUCUGUGAUCUCUUCUGUUGGUAGCCGCUGACUUUGAGUUGCAGGAAGGUCUCUGAAGAUUUAUAUCAAAUGACGUCAAUGGCCAGCUUGUUUUCUUUUACUAGUCCAGCAGUAAAGCGAUUGUUGGGCUGGAAGCAAGGUGAUGAAGAGGAGAAAUGGGCAGAAAAGGCAGUCGAUGCUUUGGUGAAAAAGCUAAAAAAGAAAAAGGGUGCCAUGGAGGAACUGGAGAAAGCCUUGAGCAGUCCAGGACAGCCGAGCAAAUGUGUCACUAUUCCCAGAUCUUUAGAUGGACGCCUGCAGGUUUCUCACAGAAAAGGCUUACCCCAUGUUAUAUACUGUCGUGUUUGGCGCUGGCCUGAUUUGCAAAGUCAUCAUGAGCUAAAACCAUUGGAUAUUUGUGAAUUUCCUUUUGGAUCUAAACAAAAAGAAGUUUGUAUCAAUCCAUACCACUAUAAGAGAGUGGAGAGUCCAGUCUUACCUCCAGUAUUAGUGCCUCGCCAUAAUGAAUUCAAUCCACAACACAGCCUUCUGGUUCAGUUUAGAAACCUGAGCCACAAUGAACCGCACAUGCCACAAAAUGCAACUUUUCCAGAUUCUUUCCACCAGCCCAACAACACUCCUUUUCCGUUAUCUCCAAAUAGCCCCUAUCCCCCUUCCCCUGCUAGCAGCACAUAUCCCAACUCCCCAGCAAGUUCUGGACCAGGAAGUCCAUUUCAGCUCCCAGCUGAUACUCCUCCUCCCGCCUAUAUGCCACCAGAUGAUCAGAUGGGUCAAGACAAUUCCCAGCCUAUGGAUACAAGCAGUAACAUGAUUCCUCAGAUUAUGCCCAGUAUAUCCAGCAGAGAUGUUCAGCCUGUUGCCUAUGAAGAGCCCAAACAUUGGUGUUCAAUUGUUUACUAUGAAUUAAACAAUCGUGUUGGGGAAGCUUUUCAUGCGUCUUCUACUAGUGUGUUAGUAGAUGGAUUCACAGACCCUUCAAAUAACAAAAGUAGAUUCUGCUUGGGGUUGUUGUCAAACGUUAACCGUAAUUCCACAAUUGAAAACACUAGACGACAUAUUGGAAAAGGUGUUCAUCUGUACUAUGUUGGUGGAGAGGUUUAUGCAGAGUGUCUCAGUGAUAGCAGCAUAUUUGUACAGAGUAGGAACUGCAACUUUCAUCACGGCUUUCAUCCUACCACUGUCUGUAAGAUUCCCAGCAGCUGCAGCCUCAAAAUUUUUAACAAUCAAGAGUUUGCACAGCUUCUGGCUCAGUCUGUCAAUCAUGGAUUUGAAGCAGUAUAUGAGCUCACCAAAAUGUGUACAAUUCGAAUGAGUUUUGUCAAGGGCUGGGGAGCAGAAUAUCACCGGCAGGAUGUUACUAGCACCCCGUGUUGGAUUGAAAUUCAUCUUCAUGGGCCUCUUCAGUGGCUGGAUAAAGUCCUCACUCAGAUGGGCUCCCCUCUGAAUCCCAUAUCUUCUGUUUCAUAGUGCAGAAGUAUUCUUUUCAAUUAUAUUAUUAGUGGACUUAUUUUAAUUUUAGGGAAACUUCCAGUACAGAUACUGUGAGCUUACAUGGAAAACAGCUUAUUUUUUUUUUCUACAUAAUUGUGACCAAUACAUUUGUAUUUUGUGAUGAAUCUACAUUUGUUUGUAUUAAUGUUCACUUGAUUAACUCCAAAAAGUGUUGUGAAAAAUGCAGAAAAAUUACUGUGCCCCAGUUCAAAAGUAUGGCAUUAAUCUUAAACUGGAACAUACUUUUGCAUUGUUGUCUCAACAGAUUAUUUUUUAUUUGUUAAAAUUUUUUUGAAAACUUAAAACAACACAUGAUGAAAAUUUAUAAUAAUAUAAGAGGGUAUACAGUGAAAAGUUUUCCCUUUGACUCUUGGUCCUCAAGAAGCUAUACUUUUACCAGUUUCUUUAUCCUACCAACUU